AUGUAUGCUAAUCCCAACUUCGUGGUGCCACUGCGUAGGCCGUCGUCGACGAUGGCGGGUCUGGUGUGGCAGGUAGGACGGCGGACGCUUGGAGAUGGAAGAGAGCGGCAGGCGUUUAGGACAUCGCAGCUGCUGGCGGCGUUUAAAGCACUGGGGGUGGAAGGGUACGGGCAGGAAGAGUACUGGUUGGCAGGCAAGGCGAGCGUAGGGCUGAAGGGGUUCGUGGGGUUGUGGGAGCGAGGACUGAAAAUGCCGGAGGAUAUGCGCAAGAAGAGUCUAAACGAGGCGGAAUCGCUGAUGGCUGGCUAA